AUGAAGUGGCUCGGUCGUCGUGGAGUCAUCGGACCGCAAACCGGUUGUCUGGCCGGCGCCUCGCGUUUCCGCGAGACAAGAUUGAUGUUUGCGACGGAAGUAAAAAGAUCAUCUCCACCGUUAAGUGAGGAGCGCCUUAGGCAAAGUCGCAAAAAAUAA